AUGGAAAACAGUACUUUUCCUCCGUAUUUUAACCUCACCAUGUUUGUAAACCUAGGCAACUACCGCUACCUGGCAUUUGUGCUGUGUCUCCUGUUGUACGCUUUUAUUAUCUUAGCUAAUCUUGUCAUAAUAGUGUUGAUAUCACGAGAGAAAACUUUACAUGAGCCCAUGUAUAUUUUUAUCAUGUGUCUUUCUAUUAACUCUCUGUACGGCUCUGCUGGCUUCUUCUUCAGAUUUCUGAGAGACCUUCUGUCUGAUACUCAUUUGAUCCCACGCACAGCUUGUUUCGCUCAGAUCUAUGUCAUUUACACCUAUGCAUCUUACGAGCUCACGCUGUUGGGCAUCAUGGCCUAUGAUCGUUACGUUGCUAUAUGUCAACCUUUAAAUUACCACAACAAAAUAACAUCCAAGAUGGUCUCCAAGUUGGUUGCCUUUGCAUGGAUUUAUCCAGGCUUUUCUAUUGCAGCCUGUGUUUAUCUAGCCUCCAGACUUCCAUUGUCUGGUAAUAAGAUACCGAAGGUUUUCUGUGCCAACUGGCCUGUUGUAAAAUUGUCAUGCGCCAGUACUGUGAUUAAUAACCUUGUCGGCAUGCUUGUGUCCACAAGCACCGUCUUUCUUCCCCUGGCUUUUGUCAUGUAUACAUAUAUACGAAUAAUUCUCACUUGUAGGAAACGCUCUUCAGAGUUCAAGAGCAAAGUCAUACAAAACUGUCUGCCGCACAUUGUUACAUUCGUCAAUUACUCCGUUACUGUGUUUUGUGAUGUUGCUCUCAGCAGAAUUGAUCUUGAAGCGCUGAAUCCAUUUCUAGCAAUAAUUCUAUCACUCGAGUUCGUUGUGAUUCCUCCCAUUGUGAAUCCUCUUGUGUAUGGCCUGAAGCUACCAAAAAUUUGA